CGCCGCGGCGGCGACCAGUCCCGCGUACUUCGACGUUCGACGAACACGCGAUUUCGACGUCCUUGGUGCCUCGAGCGUCCCGCGAACCAAGACCCGUGAAUGCCGAAGCGGAGCUCGGUGGAAUCGCGGAUUCUGACUGGAAGGUGCAACACCAGGCGGAUGGGCAUGGAAUCGGCCGAGGAUGAAGUCAAAACCAAGGGCGGCGAGCUGGAGAAUUUGGACCCCAACAUAACCAUCGUCAAGAUGGAUGGAAGAGCCAGUAUUGGAGAAAUGGACCCACCCACAUGGACGAGCAACAGGUGUUUAACCCUUAUUGCAGCCUACAAAUUAAGGCCCUGCCUAUGGGAUCCCAAUGAUGGCUAUUACUUUGAUCGAGACAGGAAGGCAGAAGCAUGGGGUGAAAUAUCGCAAGAAAUGGACAUACCUGUCACUGAAAUCAAGAGGAAAAUGGAGAGCCUUACAUCCUCCUUCCGACGAGAGAAAGGAAAGCAUAAAAGGAUCAACGAAUCUGGAAGGGUGUACAAAUCAGACUGGUAUGCAUUCAAAGCUUUCAGCUUUUUAAUGAGCAGAGAAGGCAAAUCAAAAGCGAAUAAUAAAUCUAAUGAUAACGAUAAUGAAAACCACCAUCUCACCGAUCAAGACUCAGAUAACACUUCUGAUGUAGAGAAAUUAACAGAUUUCCUAACGGGAGAAAAUUCUGAGCGGACAUCAAUACCAAGAAAACGGAAAUCGGGAACUCAUCAGACACAAUUACCGAAAAAAUUGAGGGACUCCACACAUGAAUUAAUCAGUGAGGAGACAGUGGUGCCAAAUAGCUGUGCGAUUUGGCAAACAUCAGUAGAUGAUGAUGAUCCAACACUGAUGUUCACGAGGUAUCUAGCAAAGAAGUUGAACCACUAUGAUCCGCGGACGAGAGCGACUAUAAUCCAUGACAUAAACCAGCUGAUAUUCCAAGCUGACAUGAAUGCUCACCCUGAAUAGUAGCUAAGUGAUUUUUAUUUUUGCCAUUGAAACAAAGAGUUAAUGGUUCAUAAGUUACCUCAGAACUAGGAGGAAAAUUCUGAAAAAACUGCAGUGAUUUCCUUCUAUAUCAUUUGCAAAAAUUGCAUGAACAAGAGUGAGUAUAUUUGUCCCUCAAGUCAUGUGCAUUGGACUCCCACCAUCCCACCCUAAAUUAAGAGAAUUAUGUGCCUCAGCAAAGUAAGUGUAAAUACUGGAAUUUCCACGACUCAGACUGUGUAUUUAUUGAUUUUUGUAAUUAUAUUGAUGUAAAUAAACAUUCCAAAAGUAAUCUGCCUA